AUGGGUGGCCUGUCGGGGCUGGAGAGGGAGGAUGGUGGGCGCAGGGCGCUGGGCUCCGAGGGGGAGAGAGAGAUCGGGGGGCGUCGGGGCGAGGGUCCGCCGCGACGUGGGGCGCGGGGCGGGCGGGGCGGGCGCGGGAGGCGGAGCGGGCGGCGGGAGCCAGGCGGCCGGGCGAGGCGCGCGGGGCUGGGCAGCGGGCGUUCGGGCAGCGCGGGGUCCGGCGGCGCUCGGAGCUGGGAUGCUGCUGCCCGCGCUGCUGCCGCGCGCGCUGCUGACCUGCUGCGGCUGGCUGCUGGCCCGGGUGAGUGCGGGACGGGAGCCCUGCGCGGCGGGACUCGGGGCGCCGGCGGGGUCGGAAGGACGCGGGGCCGGGACGCCAAGUUAGCGGGACCUGGGGCUGGCCGGGCUCGAGCUGGCACACGCCGCCCCGCAGAGUGGUCCCCGGUCUCUCUCUCUCUCUCUGGCUUUGCGGGGGCCCCGGGUGCGUCUCCGAGGGCGCGCGGGUGUGGUCACCUGCGACCCUCACCCGCCCGACUCCGCUGUGUCCGUCCCUUCGCGUGCGCGCGAGGGAGACCCAAAGAGGCGGCCAAGGAAGUGUCCUUCGGAAGCACUCGCUUUAUUCUGUCGCUAUUCAAGGGGACGGGCGUUGUUGAUAUUUCAAGAAUUGCUCUUUUCUUUGGAAAAAAGAAAAAAGAAAAAAAUGAGUUGCCGCCUGCGUUUCUGGCUUCCCCUGGCAUGAGGGCACUGGGCUGCCAGAAGGGACACCUGGGCCAGGGUCAAGGCUCAAAGGGCUUCGGAAGGAGCCCUAGUUGGAUCCGUGGAGAAUGUGGAGGGCAGAGGAGGGAAGUCGUGGAAUUGGAAGUAGAAGAGGCUUACCUUGCCCAGGUACACAGCAUUCAUCCAGAAUGCCGGUUUCACCUGGAAAUACAGGAAGAGGAAACCAAAUGUGCAGAGCUUCUGAGAACUCAGACAGAACAGCACAAAGCCUGCAGCGGCCUGUGGGACAACAUCACCUGCUGGCGGCCCGCGGAGGUGGGCGAAACAGUUACCGUGCCCUGUCCCAAGGUGUUCAGCAAUUUCUACAGCAAACCAGGAAAUAUCAGCAAGAACUGCACAGUUGAUGGGUGGUCUGAGAUGUUUCCAGACUUCAUGAAUGCCUGUGGCUACCAAGACCCUGAGGAUGAGCAAAAGAUCUCCUUCUAUGUCCUGGUGAAAGCUAUCUAUACCCUGGGCUACAGUGUCUCUCUGAUCUCCCUGACAACCGGAAGCAUCAUUCUUUGUCUCUUCAGGAAGCUGCGCUGCACUCGCAACUCUAUACACCUGAACCUCUUCCUGUCCUUCAUCCUGAGAGCUGUUGCGGUGCUGCUCAAGGACGACGUGCUCUACUCCCACUCGGGCACGGGCCACUGCCCUGACCAGCAAGCAUCUUGGGUGGGGUGCAAGCUGAGCCUGGUGCUCUUCCAGUACUGCAUCAUGGCCAACUUCUACUGGCUGCUGGUGGAGGGGCUGCACCUGCACACUCUCCUAGUGGCCAUCUUUGCCCCCAGCAGGUGCUUUCUGGCCUAUCUCCUCAUCGGAUGGGGUGUCCCAACUAUCUGCAUUGUGGCAUGGACGGUGGCCAGGGUUCUUCUGGAGGACACAGGGUGCUGGGACACCAAUGAGCUGAGUCUUCCCUGGUGGCUCAUCCGGACCCCAAUCCUCAUUUCUAUCGUUGUCAAUUUCGGCCUUUUCAUCAGUAUUAUCCGAAUUUUACUUCAGAAGCUAAUGUCACCAGAUGUGGGGGGCAACGAUCAGUCCCAGUACAAGAGACUGGCCAAGUCUACGCUGCUGCUGAUCCCACUGUUUGGAGUCCAUUACAUGGUGUUCGCUGCAUUCCCCAUUGGCAUCUCCUCCAAGUACCAGAUUCUCUUUGAACUGGGCCUCGGCUCCUUCCAGGGCCUGGUGGUGGCUGUGCUUUACUGCUUCCUCAACAGUGAGGUGCAGAGUGAGCUCAAAAGGAAGUGGUGCAGCCUGUGGCCGGGGCGGCCAUCAGCCCAAGACUACAUGAUCCACAGCUCAUCUGUCUCCCGCUGUGGCUCUGAGGGAGCCCUGCAGUGCUCCCGAGGCUCUCCUACCCUAUCCUUCCUGCAGACGGAGAUGACUGUGGUUAUCUAGUGCCAUGGGGUCAUGUGUCAGUGUCCCACAUAUCAGCGCUGCUGAGAGCCCAUUGGAGCCACACUCAAGCAGCCCUUGGUGGUCACGCAGGCUGGGUUCAGAGAUGGACCAGGGCUGAUAGAGCAGGUGGGAAUAUGGGACACAGGUGGCCCAGCAUUGAGCCACCCUGCCCUCUGCACCAUUCCCCAAUGGAGCACCUACCGCCAUCUCUGAACAAAAGCUGCUGUAUAGAUAUAAACAUGUAUCGAACACC